CGCGCGCAUGCGCCCAGAAGGAUGUGAUGGUACCAGCUCGGGCGAAGGGCGAGACGGUGGCCGAGAAGGCGCCGGGAGGCGGACGGUGGCCGAGAAGGACCGGCAUGGAGCACCUGGAGCGCUGUGCGUGGUUUCUCCGCGGGACACUGGUGAGGGCGGCGGUGCGGCGCCACCUGCCCUGGGUGCUGGUGGCCGCCAUGCUGGUGGGCUCGGUCCUCAAGGAGCUGUCUCCGCUGCCCGAUUGCUACCUAAGCAACAAGCGCAACGUCCUCAACGUGUAUUUUGUUAAAUUGGCCUGGGCCUGGACAGUCUGUCUCCUCCUGCCUUUCAUUGCCCUCACCAACUACCACCUGACGGGCAAGACCAGCCUGGUCCUGCGGCGGUUGAGCACCCUCCUCGUGGGCACAGCCAUCUGGUAUAUCUGCACAGCCCUCUUCUCCAACAUUGAGCACUACACAGGCAACUGUUACCAGUCCCCGGCCCUGGAGGGCAUCAGACAGGAGCAUCGCAGCAAGCAGCAGUGCCACCGAGAAGGGGGCUUCUGGCAUGGCUUUGACAUCUCCGGCCACUCCUUCCUACUGACCUUCUGUGCGCUCAUGAUCGUGGAGGAGAUGGCCGUGCUGCAGGACGUGAAGACGGAUCGCAGCCACCACCUGCACGCUGCCAUCACCACCCUGGUUGUCGCCCUGGGCUUCCUGACCUUCAUCUGGGUGUGGAUGUUUCUGUGCACGGCCAUUUAUUUCCACGACUUGACCCAGAAAGUGUUCGGCACCAUGUUCGGUUUGUUGGGCUGGUACGGGACAUAUGGGUAUUGGUAUCUGAAGUCUUUCUCUCCGGGACUUCCUCCCCAGAGCUCUAGUUUGACUUUGAAGCAAGAUACUUACAAGAAAUGAAAGAGAAGGACAUAGGGACAGGAGGACAAUGGUUAAUAGGGUUCCCACCUACUUUGUCCAGUGACUGGCUGAAUUAUCCCUCCCAUUUCAGGGAGGACCCUACCUAGGUACCUUUGGAGCGGGAGACGGCUGAGGAACAAGCUUAGUCCUCAGGCUCUGCUGGCGGUGCCACGGUGUUGCCAGCAGCGCUCUUCCUUUCAAAUUCUUCUCAUCUCUAACAAGAUGUGACCUUAAUCUGUUCCCAGAGGGAAAGCUAAGCUCAGCAGAGGGAUAGCAGACAGCCUCAUCGGUGGGUCAAGGGAAAACCAGGGCUUCAGGACUCUCUGCUGUGGCCUCCCUGGCUCUGGUUCGCUUUAGAGUUUAGUGGCCACAGUAACGCUGUUCACUUAACAGCGUUCCUCCAUGGCCGACUCUGAGAAUAAGCCUUUGUCUCUGGCAGGUUCUUUGUUAAAUACCCCAAUGCCUAAAGGACACUCCCUGGCUGUAGCGUCCAUGUCCUCUAUGUAGCAUCCAUGACCUCUGGAGGAUGUUAAUGUUGCACCGGGCUGUGAUUCCCAACAGGGGCCCGUGACCCUGCAGUGCCUGAAUGAUUGUUGUUGCUGCUGUUUUGUUUCUCUGUGUAGCCCUGCGUGUUCUGCAACUCGUUCUGUAGACCAGGCUGGCCUCAAACUCAGAGAUCUGCCUGCCUCUGCUGGGUUAAAGGCGUGCUCCACCACUGCCCAGCACUUGGAUGGUUUUUGUUUUUGUUUUUUUUCCCCCUCUGUCCACACUGUGUAUUGUUAUGUGUUGGGUUUUGGAGUAGUAACAGAGAACCCCAUUUUCUCCCUUCUCCCCUGAGUGACUGCUCUAUGGUUUUAAUCAUUACUACUCCAUUUGUUCUUUGUUGGCAAAGCUAUAUAAUACCACACCUUGGCAUGUGAAAAUUGUUUUGAGGAGUUUUUGUUUUUUAGAACACUAACUUUUUAUAUAAACCAAAUUCUUGGCUUAUUGUAUGAAACCCUACUUCAUAGGAUUGUUCCCUCUCUUAGGAAUAUAACUGGAGCCAGGGAGGCAUGGUGCUGAAUGCCUUUAAUCCCAGCACCGGGAAGGCAGAGGCAGGUAGAUCUCUGUGAGUUUGAGGUUACCCUGCCAGGGCCCCAUUGUGAGAUCCUGACUCAAAAACAAAACAAAACAAAACAAAAAAAAACAAAAAAAGAAAGAGAGAAAGGAAGGAAGAAUAGCCCUGAGAAGCAGACUUUUAUUAUUUGAUGGAUUUUAAGCUGAGAGAGUACUUCAGUCAAGUGCUCAUUUGUCCUAAGGCUUUCCUACCCACUGACUGGUGAUAGAGACAGAAUAGGGUUUGGGGACCUCUUAGGACCAUAGGACAAGUGCCACAGCCUAAGGGAUUUUUACCUUUGGAGAUUAUGAUAAUUUACAAGUGAGAUAAAAUGUUAACCUGAUUCAGGAAGGCGGCCGGCAUGCAAAGCCCCCCACCUGUAUUACAUAUGGCCGCCAUGCAAAGUCAUCCACAUUACUUAGCCCCAUGACCUUGGCUCUGCAUCUCUUCUUCAGCUCACCAACAGAACAACUGUGGGGUGGGUGUGGGUGGAGGUGGGUGGGGGGCAUUCAAGAGCCGUGAAAGUCUUUCUCUUUAGCACUUCCCGGCUUCCAGCCACGUCAUCCUGUGGCCUCCACCAUGACUGUUAGGGUAAGAAGUCUUGUCAUCCUCGUCCCACGUGACAGGCUUCCAAUCUGAUGAGAAGGCCCUUUCUGCCCCCAGGUGAUCACCUUAAGCCUGGCACAGCUAAGACCUGGCAUUUGGAUGAUGACCCUUGAAGCUGCUUUGAUGCCCCCUCCCUAUCAGAGCUGGCUAAUGAAAUUAACUGAUAAGCUUCGGCUUGACCGACCUGACUCAGGCUCGGGUUGUUCAGUGCUUAGUAAAUUAAGAGAAAUCUCUUUCUUUUUCUUUGAAUUUUAGUAUUUUUUUAAUUUUUAAUUUAAUUUAAUCUUUUGAGUCAGGGUUUUACUAUGCAGCCCUAGUUGGUCUGGAACUCACUCUGUAAACCAGGCUGGUCUCAGAUUCACAGAGAUCUACCUGCCUGCCUCUGUUUCCUAAGUGCUGGGGUUAAAGGUAUACUAAGAUUAAAGCCAUCACAUCUGGCUACUAAGUAUUUUUUUUUAAAUAUAAUAAUCUAUUUAAAAUAUGUAUUUUAUAAUUCUGUUGAGCUACAGGUCAACUUGACCAAUUACUAUUUAAGAUGUAAGAUGUUGUCACCAAAGGGGAAGAAAAGCAGGCAGUAAGGAGUCCCAUGAUGCUUUGCUGGGCUGACGGUGGACUAAAAGGAUGUUUGACUGUCUGGGAGUGUCCACCUAUCUCCCCCAGGUAGGAAUGGGCCUGGGGAUGAAGGUAGGGCUGGUCCCCAGGAGAAGUCUCUCAAGCUUCAUGUUCACAACAGAAGGGGCAGACCCAGGACCUAGCCAGAGGCUCAUUUGUCACACUGGGGCUCCAGGUAUUUUUCUCACGUGGUCUGACCAGGUUUAACAUUAUAUCGACAACACAUGGGAACUCUCAGUCACUCAGCGUUCUCUGCAUUUUAGAUGGAUUAAAUCAUACAUGCUUAUACUUGAUACUCUUCCCUCUCUGCUCUGGGUGGGGUGGCGGGGUGGAGCCCAGGGUUCUGUGCAUGCUGGGCAGGCUACACCCCGAGUUCCUCAGAGCCCUUGCCUUCUCAGGAGCAUGCCUUCCCUCCUGUGGAAGGAAGCAUGGCAUGGGUGAGCGUUUGGGCUUGGGCAGCCAUGAGGUGUAGGUGUGAAUGUUGGCAUCCCUCCCAGACCACCUGACCAGUGCGCAAGCCCUUGUUGGCCUUGUCUGUAAAGCGGAGGUGAUUCUUUUAGCACUUAAAGGAAAUCUCAUGUAAGAUGCUGAGCACGAGUGCUGCAUAGGUUACUGUCUCCCCAGCUUCCUCUUGACAGCACUCAGAGCGUUCUGGCUCCUGUAGAGAAAGUAAAGGAAUCAGUGUCUCUUGAGGAAACGCUCAGAGCCUGGCUCCCCGUGGAAAGUCUCAUGUCAUCCUUCAAAGUAUCUGUUGUCCCUUGGUGGACAUCUGACUAGAGUCAUGCCAUGCCUUUGCUCCCCUGCAUGGAGGUUUGUUCACUAGCUUCCAUGUGCAUCCGGCACUGUCUGGGAACCAGACUGCAUUCAGAGAAUGGCUCAUGCCACUGUUACAUACCCACAGUCCAUGUGUAGAUAAGCGAAUUAAAGGGCACUUGAGAAAUGGAGCCCACAUUCCCGA